AUGGCGUGUGCAAGUCGCUACCCAAGUGAUGCCUUCCCCACAAUUGGUUCAACAGACUGCAUUGGUCGUUCCCUUCCUGACCCAAAUUACAUGAAAAGAUAUGAAGUUGAGGAGAUGAUCAGGGCGGCCACUCAGAGGCGGGACCUCAAUGCGGGUUACAGGAAUAUCAUAUUCUCUACUUUGUCGGGGGAGGAUACUGAGAGUGCUGCAAAUCAUUUGGCCAGGUUUAGAGUUCAAUGUGGCCAAUACCAGAAUGAUGAUAGCCUGAAGUGCAAAAUCUUUGCCACUUUGCUAUCAAGGGCUGCCUUUACUUGGUUUUCCAAGCUGAAAUCGGGCUCAAUAACUGAUUGGCCUGCGAUGCAGAAGCUCUUUAGGGAGACUUUCAGAGACAUUGACUUAGCUUGUCUCACUCAGAUGUCCCAACAGCCAACUAAAUCUAUUGUAGCCUACCUCCAGCGCUUCCAUAUUCAAAAGGCAAAGUUGAAUAUGGUGCUGCCUAAAAAGGAAUUGGUUAAGUUGGCGAUUAAAGGCUUAGAACCACGCCAACACAAGAAGCAGCAUGGAACCAUGUUCGACUCCAUGGGAGAGCUAAUCACAAAGGUGGCUCGCUUUGAACACCUCCUCAGAGAAACAGAUGCAAGGAAAAAUGCCUCUAAGGGGACAUAUGUCCAAGGAAAGAACAGGACAAGUGAGGAGGAGACUCCAGAGGAAAAAGUUGAGAAGGAUGAAGUCUCCGCCCAUGAGCUAUCAGGAAAGAAGGGCUCUGCACUUAAGCAACUGAAACUCAGCAAGGAACCUGUUAAGCUCAAGUCAGUGGCGCUCACCAAACCUGAAUUCACGACCUAUACUUAUGAUGCAAACAAAGUGCAUGAGAUCUUGGACGAGAUGACAGCCGCGAAGAUGGUCAAGAUUGACUUUGGUCUUUACCCCAAAGCAGAUCAGCUAAAAGGGAAGAAAUAUUGCAAGUUUCACAAUUUUUGGAACCAUAAUACUGCUGAAUGCGUAAAUUUGAAGGAUCAGAUCCAGGUUUGA